UAAGCUGGGUAAGACCAGGCCAGGACUCUGCUCCCUGCCGGACAGUGCCUUCACGCCCUCUGUGCCAGGACUCCAUCGGUGCAGAUAGCCACGAGCCGCCAACAUGAAUGACAUCUACAAGGCUGCGGUUGAGCAGCUGACAGAUGAACAGAAAAAUGAGUUCAAGGCGGCCUUUGACAUCUUCGUUCAGGAUGCAGAGGACGGCUGCAUCAGCACCAAAGAGCUGGGGAAGGUGAUGCGGAUGCUGGGCCAGAACCCCACACCAGAGGAGCUGCAGGAGAUGAUCGACGAGGUGGAUGAAGAUGGGAGUGGCACAGUAGACUUUGAUGAAUUCCUUGUCAUGAUGGUGAGAUGCAUGAAGGACGACAGCAAGGGCAAAUCUGAGGAGGAACUGGCCGAGCUCUUCCGCAUGUUCGACAAAAAUGCAGAUGGGUACAUUGACCUGGACGAGCUGAAAAUGAUGCUGGAAUCAACAGGAGAAGCCAUUACCGAGGACGACAUCGAGGAACUGAUGAAGGACGGAGACAAGAACAACGACGGCAAAAUCGACUACGACGAAUUCUUGGAGUUCAUGAAAGGAGUUGAGUAAUCGGACAGCACAGGGCCUUCCACAUCCUUAUUUUUGUAAUUCUCUGGGACUUCAUCUGUGGAAAAGCAGAACCUCAAUGCUCAAAUGCUGUUGAUGAAAACCUCAGACCGACUUUGCAAGAAAUAAUGUUAUUUUUUGUACCAUCUUCUUGCAUUGUUGUAAAUACAGUUUGUAACUAUAAUUUUAGUAUUAUAUAGUAAUUAUUAUUAUAAAAUAUACAAUUAGACUACAGGUGGAAAUCAGCACGUGCUGUUCCUGGCACAAUGCAUCUCUCCUGUGAAGGUUAAUGUAUAUUGUGCACUGUUCCCCCUGUCUGAUUAGUGUUUGAUCUUUCCCUGGAUUUGUGUAAAUGUGUCUUGGUUUCCUGAUUAAAAAAUUAUAAUGUUGUAAUUUGGUUAGUGUAUGAAGGUGCUUCCCUCCACCUUUUAUUCCCUGCAUAUUUCUACCAAAAUGUCUAUAAUAAAAUUAUAUACAUUUGUCAA